AUUUGAAACUUUAUGAGCCUUGAUCCUCGGAUUAAUUCAAUGCUAAGUUUUUACGGUAGUCCCAUGUUGGACAUUUCAGUUGCUUUUCUGAAGCUCUUACUUACACGAUCCUGGAUUUGAUCCAUUCCCUUGCUGAUGCAUGUGAAGUGAAGUUUCUUGUCUCAUAUACACUUUCAUGGCAAAUAUGUGUGCUUCGCGUGGUUUUUCGUGGUCAAUAGUGUUGUGUCGUGAUUAAUAUUAUGUUUUGACCGAAUGCAAAGGAAGAAAAAGAUUUUCUGUAUCCUAAUCAAUCGAUUUAAAACACAAAUCUUCGCCAAUUAAAAUUAAAGCAAAGUGUCGCACUCUAUCUUACCGUUGAAGUCAAAUAACUUUUUUGCAAAAAGAAUAAAAAACUGAAUGUGGAUUUUUCAGCUUUAUAGAGAGCAGGAUAGACUCAAAUCUUAUCAAAAACACGAGCGAAAUUCGAUAGUGCUAAUUACUUAAAGUCGUAUGUUUUAAGACUUUGAACUUCUUUACUUAUUUUAAUUAGCCGGAUUAAAAGAAAAUUGAUCAUUUUAGAAGUCUCGCUAUAGUUAUCUCAACGAUAGUUAGCGUAUUCAUAAUGCACAGUCGCGAAUUAACAUUUAUCGUCACAAUAUUGGUACUUCGGGAUUUUUUGGUGUGUUCCUCUUCGGUCGAAUUUUCCCAUGACACAGAACCUCUGUCAGCUCGUCCUAAAAGUGUUCCCGAAAUAAUAAGCGCCAAAGUUUCGAAAGAAAACUCCGCAAAGUUGGGUUUCAAAAACCCUGGUGAAGUUGAAAAAUCAUCCAUCGCUAAAGACCAUAGUGAGAAAUUACAACCUGCAAGUUCACUUGAUUUCGAAAGAAAACAGGGUCAGCCGACGGACGAGAAUGCUUUCGUAAGGCAAGCACUUGAACAGUUCGAAAAGUUCAAAAAAGCAUCACGUCAGAGGGCACUCGAUCAAAUCAGAAGUCUCGAAGGAAAAACAGAAUCGCUCGCAUUUUUGACGUCAAAAAACGGAAAUUUAGAAGUCGAUGCGCCGGGGAACAUGGAAAAACCUCAAAUGAGUUUGGAUCAUAACAAAGUUGAUUCUAAAAACCCCCCAUCGGAGCCUGGAUUCACUGACAUUGCAGAGUUAACGAUUAAAAAUUCCGGAGAUGGUCUUGAACCACUCACACUUGAUUCUCUUAAGGAAGUGAAAAAAAUCGACAGACGACUCGAGCUACCGGUUUCGAAGAGAGGCACCUUCGAGACCCGGAAAAAAAUAUCACCCAAGAUCGGUUACGGGAACGGAUCCCAAGGGAUCCCGAAAAUCCAAAAGCCAUCAAAAACCACUCCAUCGAAACUUGGUAAGGAGAGCCGCGAUGUCAAAAACAGCAUCCAUAAAACAGCCGGAACACUAGGCACAGGGAUUGCCAAGGAUAAAAGGACUCCGUUGCUGACACGUGACACUGAGGACUUGGAUAAGAACCGAGUUCCAAAAAUCAACAGGACUUUCGAGGGAGCGCUCAACAAACCACUUGCUGUAAAACUUACAGGCAAUAUUGAGAAACAACAAACUGCUGACGAUCAGCGAAGCGAAAACGCGAUAUCGGAUGUGAAGAUUCCUCUCCUGAAACCAGCCCCAAAAGAGAGUUCAAAAAUCGCAAGGAAUGAGACGACAAAACCCAGCCUGAAGCGUAGGAUCUCGGCUCCGAACAUGGUGUACCACUUGGACGCGGAGUGCGUGGCCUUUCCGAGCGAGCGAACGCGCUCGAAGUUCCUGGCGCGUGAGCAGUUCAUCCCCCGAAACCUGAUGAUCAACCGGGUCCAGUUCUCCGGGGACAGGGCCUACGUGGCCAUGCCCAAGCUCAAGCGGGGGGUCCCUUUCUCCGUGGGCAAAGUGUCCCUCGCGGGGGGCCCUCGGAGGGAGCUCCGCAUCGAGGCCUUCCCCAGUUGGGCCAUCCACCGCUACGCCAACAUCAGCGGUAUCGUCAACGCCGUGGACAUCUUCGCCGAGGAGGGGACGCUCUGGAUCUUGGAUACGGGGGUCGUGUCCACCCUCGAGAACCCCGAACGACUGGCUCCGCCCAAGGUGUUCGCCGUUGAUCUGGUCACCGAGCAGGUAAUCAAAGCAAUAGACUUGUCGAACUUCGUCGACAAAACGAGCCGUCUGCAGCACUUGGUCGUUGAGUCCGGUCCGUACGACUGUCGCUUCGUCUACAUCAGCGACGCAGCAUCGCGAGGCCUCAUCAUCUGGGACGUGUGCCACGACUUCGGCUCGAAGAUCAUCCUGCCGAGGUCCACCCAACCGGAAGUCGCCGCCAGACCGGAUAUCCUGUACCUCGGCCUCGUCACCCGCGGGAAGAUGGACCUUCUCGCCUUGACGUUCCUCGGAGCGGAGCGUCUGUUCGGCAUACCCACCUACUCGCUGCAGAACCUCAAAUUCGGCACCAUGACCGGCGACGUCACCAAUAUGGGCCUCAAGCCGAGGAAGCUGGUCAUUCUCGCCGCGAAUCAGCAAUGGAUGUACUUCCGGUUUGUCGCCUCCGGGGAUGUUUAUGCGUGGGAUGUGGGCACGGAUUUCAAGGAAGAGAACUUCAAGAAACUUCGGACUGGGGGCGAGGAGGGAUUUGCGACGCAGGUGGCGGUUGGACACAAGAGGAUGAUCUGGGCCCUGGAGUCGAAUUUUCAGGACUACGGCAAGCAAGGAAAGGAGUCCGGGCUUGUUUUCUCCAUCAGGGCCAUUUGCAAAAUCUCUGACGUGCAAUUUAUUUAGGUGAAAAAAUCGGAGCUCAAAUUCUCUGGGUAAUAAAGAUACUGAUUUUUCUUCUGUGAAGUGUUAUCCAGGAGUGCCCCCCCCCCCAUUAAGGCACCCGCUUUUGAAAAACCAGUUGACUUAUUCUCCUGUCCUAUCAACAAGUUUGCUUGACAUUGAACCAUUUUAAUAUCAUCUUAUGUGGUCUUUAUGUUAGCACUUGCUUCAACUGAUUGGGUGCGUGGCCCAGGGCAUUUUAAUUCAUGUUAUGCGUACUUUAUUAUUUUUUUUAUUUUUAUACCAGAAUAAAUAAAAUGCUUUUAAAAAAA